AUGGUAGAGAAGUGCGGUAGCGAUGUAGGAGGAGAAAUAAUGGUGGUGGUAGCCCCAAUCGCCGGAGACCACCCCCACCAGCUUCUUGGUGUUGUUUCUUGCCCGGCGCCGGUUGAGGUACUCCUGCAGGUUGCACCAGAGUCCACGGCCGGCAAGCAGGUGGCCACACAGCGCCCGCUGGUGGAAGGCUUCGCCGUGCUGGAGCCGCCGGUGGACGCGGAGGUGGCGGCGGAGAGGGCAGACGACGUGGCGGCGCUGCUCGCCGCCUUCGGCAACCACCUCCACGAGAGGACCGCACACCACCUGGGGUACCCGUACAACUUGGAUUUCGAUUUUAGCGUCUUGGCGCAGUUCCAGAAUUUCUCCAUCAACAACCUUGGAGACCCUUUCAUCGAGAGCAACUAUGGUGUCCACUCCAGGCAGUUCGAGGUAGCUGUGCUCGACUGGUUUGCCCGCCUCUGGGACCUCCAGCAAGACGAGUAUUGGGGCUACAUCACUAACUGCGGCACUGAAGGAAACCUUCAUGGUCUGCUAGUCGGGAGAGAACUUUUUCCUGAUGGGAUUAUAUAUGCGUCUCACGAGUCACACUACUCUAUCUUCAAGGCAGCUAGGAUGUAUAGAGUUGAGUGUGUCAAGAUCGACACUCUUGUUUCCGGAGAGAUGAGUUGCAUAGAUUUUAAGUCCAAGUUACUACAAAAUCCCGGAAAGCCCGCGAUUGUCAAUGUGAACAUAGGGACUACAGUUAAGGGUGCAAUAGACGACCUUGACAAGAUUAUAAGAACGCUUGAAAAAUGUGGAUUCAAAGAUCGAUUCUACAUCCAUUGUGAUGGUGCUCUGGCUGGCCUUAUGAUGCCAUUUAUCAAACAUGCACCAAAGGUGACAUUUAAGAAGCCUAUCGGAAGCGUUAGUGUUUCCGGUCAUAAGUUCAUGGGAUGCCCAGUACCAUGUGGCGUGGUAAUAACAAGGCUGGAACAUGUGAAAGUGCUUUCUACCGACAUUGAAUACUUAUCAUCGAGAGAUGCAACGAUCAUGGGUAGCCGCAAUGGGCACGCACCUAUGUUCCUAUGGUACACACUAAACAAGAAGGGUUACAGAGGCAUCCGUAAAGAAGUCCAGAAGUGCCUGAGAAACGCUCAUUAUCUCGCAAACCGUCUCAAGGAUAUGGGAGUAAGUGCGUACCUUAAUGCGUUGAGCAACACCGUGGUGUUCGAGAGGCCAUGGGAUGAAGCAUUCGUGCACAAGUGGCAGCUUGCCUGCGAGGGGAGCAUCGCGCACGUGGUGGUGAUGCCCAAUGUCAGCGUAGAAAAGCUCGACGGCUUCGUGGAAGAGCUCGUCACUAAACGAAGCCCAUGGCAUGAAGGCAAAGAGUUUAGUGUACCAUGCAUUGCAAAAGACAUAGGGGUCGAAAAUUGCCUAUGCGGCCAGCAUAACAAGAAGUCAAGAAUUGCGUAAGGUUUUGAAAGGCUUGGAUAGCGACUAUCAAAUAGUUUUUAAUGUCAUAAAUGAUUGGUUUGGCUUUUGUAAAUUGGAACUUGAUGCAUGUCGGUCUCCAUCUUUUCGGCUGAACCAUCUAAGAAGGCGACAUGUGUUUAGCAAUGUGGUGUUGACUGUUGAUAGACUG